AAAUCUUUAACGCAUAUGAUGAUAUCAUCAAUGUUGACUCUGCGUCGUAGUACAAGAUAGAAUAGAAUGAGAGUAUACCCAUCAGAAUGUCAAGAAGAAUUAUUCUGCUUCUAUUUUCAACAAUAAUUAUAAUCAAUAAGUCAAAACAGCAACAACAACAACACAAAGACAUAUCAGACUGUCAACUGAAUGGAUUAGAACAGACAAUUACAUGGAGUAAAUCGGCUGAUUUUUCACGAAUCAACCAUCCAAAAACAAUAAAUAUAUGGUUCGGUGAAAAAAUCAAUUUAACGUAUCGUGAUAAUCACAAAAGGAAAUUACCAAAAACAUGGUUAUGGCAGACUGGGCAUAAUUUUAACGAAGGUUAUCGUUUAACUGAAUCAAUAGAAUGCUUUGUAAUUGAAAAUCGAACACAUCUGGAGCCUUAUACUGAAAUUAACAGUUUGUUAAUACAUAAAGACGGUAUUUAUGUAUUAGCUUUGAUAGAAUCUGAUUGGCAUAUUCAUGUACAAAUAGGAUUACAAGAAUCGUAUAUCCCACUAGCUAUCUUUAUUGUCAGUGUACUUAAACCAGUUAGUAUCAGUUAUACCCUGCGUUUCAUCACUUAUCAUUCUGAUCAUGAAUGCUAUGAUGCUGAGUAUAAAAUAUGGUGGAUAUUUCAAGUACUGUUAAACAAUAAAUUAUUAAAUAUUCAAAAUAAACCGUUAUUAGAUAGUAAAUUUCAAUAUAAAACUAAGGAAGCUAAAUGUCUACGAUUAUCAAAUGAUGACAGUCCUAUACAAAUUAUUUAUUAUUACAAUAUUAAUCGAGUAAAAGUUACACCGAAUGGUUAUACACCAGCUAGUGAAGCUCAAUGGAAGGUGAUAAAAUCAUACAAAAACUACACAAUCGAAGAAAAUUACACUGUAGAUUUAUCUACAGAAUUCGGCAUAGUGAUGAGAAUCCGUUUGAAAAACAUUCAGGUACCCUUUGGAAAUGGAAUGAAAAUAACACUCAAAUCGAUUUCAGAUGAAGGUCUCUGGAAGUUAGGUCACAUGACACCACCGUUCACUGACGACAAGUUAUUGCAUCAAGUAUACGCUGUGGUCAGAUUAAAUUCAACUAUAUAUAACUUGUUAAGGGAAAAACCUGAUCAAUUAAAUAUUCAAUGGAUUUUAGUUGAACCGUUAUAUGGUCGUUUACGUACUUCAAAUGGAAUUACUGUGCAAAUGAAUUUGUAUCACCAUUGGACAACUGCCCAAUAUUUAACAAAAUUGGAGAUCAACCACUUAAAACUUUCAGAUUUUACUAGUAAUAUGCUAAUAGAUGAAAUAAUUUAUGAGACACCAUUUCACAUAAAAGAUAUACAUGAAAUACGAAAAGCUAUAUAUAAUGAGAGACCGCUACCUAGUGGUGAAAUAAGACAAAAGGAACGUGCAUGUUUUACAAAAGCCAACAAUUAUGCAACAACCUUUAUUCAUGUGAACUUGAAUAACCCAAAACAAUGCAUUGAAACGGAUCAUGAUAAAUUUAACGUUAGGAAACAUAUUGAAUCACCUCACAGUUCAAUGAUUGCUUACUCAAUUAAACUGUUAACAGAUGAAUAUGGAAAUGAAUGGAAGAAUAUAACAGGUUUCAUUAUAAUUAACAUCAAAAUGAGGAGUUAUUCAAGGACAUCACGUGAAGAGCAUAGUGAACAAGGUUGUGAUUACUAUACAAAUGGUGAAUAUGGAGAAAUUAUGAGAUUGGGUUUCCUAGAAAUUGGACAAACUGAUAUAAAACAAUACUUAACUAGAUGGGAAGAUCGUUGGUUGGCAUUCCAUGAUGGUCACAGCGAAAGGUAUGUCUUUAUUAACGAAUUCGAUCGAGAUCAGGUGACUCCAGAGAACAUUAUUUGCCCACCACAUUCAACAUCCCUGGAGAUAAGUUAUCAUAUUGAUACAAAGCAUUUAAAAGCAGCUGCUAAUGAUACAAACCAACUUUUAUUGAAUGUAACACUACAAUCUCAUCCAGCAUGGAUGUCACUUGAAAUGUUUACAGAUCCAACUAGUGAAAAUUGUCCAGGAUGUUUUGUCAGUAUUUACAUAGAUCGAAGAACAGUACAACAAGAUAUAUACAGUAAUUGGCUUGAAAGUGAAGAAGGCAUAAACGACUGGAAUCAAAUUCAAUAUCCCAAACCGGUAUGGGCUAAUUAUAUAAACAGGCAAAUAAUCGUAUUGUCCCAAAACUUCCAUGAAAAAAGUGAACCAAUAACGAGUGCACAAAAUAUCAUGAGAAGGACACUAAGUAUCAUUCGACAGUUAGCCAACCCCAUAAACAUAUCGGUUGCAGUACUACAAGUUAAUACCUACUGUAUGUUAGGACAAUACCAAGUUUACCACACACCAGCUGUAUGUGCAUACUGUCCACCAGGAACCUUUUCAAUCAACCUAACACCUAACGAAUUUCACCCAACGUAUGCUUGUCAACUAUGCCCAAAAGGAACUUUUCAGACUCUACCUGGUCAAGGUGCAUGUUUGGAUUGUAGAGGCGGUUCAUCUACGAAAGAUGAAGGUGCAUGGUAUGAAGAUUUGUGCACUGGAAAGAUAGAAAGAGAUUCUGAUCCAAAAACAUUAAGGAAUGAAACUUAUACUAAAGGAGCAUCACAAAUUACUAUGGAGAUAAAAUCAUCAUCAUCAUCAUCAUUAUCAAAACCAACAACACACAACUGGAUAGAUGAUCCUCCAGAUGUAAAAAUAUUUCCCACAGAAAUUCCGGUUGAAUUAAGCAUUGUUAGUACUCAACGUCUGGUUUUCAACAUAAUCUGCUUCUUACUAUUAUUAGGAUGUAUAAUGGGAUUUGUAAUUAUUUCUAAAGGAUACAUGUUAGUCCGUUUGACGAACAGAACAAGAGUCCAUUUAAUUGAACGCAGAAAAAUGAUGUUGGAAGCAAGAACAUCAGAAGUUAGUAUACGUAAAAGUGCAGUAUCGCCAUCGACUCAACGAAUAAGUUUCGACAAAAAGGAUUGUAUUAUCAAAUCUGAUGAUGAAUCUAGUAAAUUUGACUAAAUGCACAUUGAUGUUAUGAUUUUUUCCCAAGUUCAAUUUUAUGAGACUUUUUUUGUUGAGAUCAUGAUUAUGGUUAUCAGUUCAGUUUAUGUUUCAUUAUUUAUAAAAAACCUACAUCAGUG